AUGCGAGGAACCGCAGAUAUUCCUGCUUUGCUAUUGGCUCACUUUGAAGUGGUGGCUUUGACCGCAGCACGCCUCUCUUACAUGUGUUCAUUUUGGGAUGAUGAUGAGGAAAAUCAAAAUCCUGGGUUCUACUCCAGAAGUACUUGCAGCUUCAAACUCCUCAGCAUCAGAGCGGUUGAUUUUCAUGUCUACGAGAUUUACAAGGAAGUACUUGCAGCUUCAAACUCCUCAGCAUCAUUACAUACACCAAGGAUGCAGGAUAAGCAGAUACUGAGCAACUUCAAUGACUCUCUGAUAAGUUGUCUCUGGGAGCUGUUAUGCUAUAGUUCAAGCUUAAUGGAUUCUAUGAAAGAUGAAAUGCACACACUCUAUGCACGACUGAGGUUCUUGAGAAGCAUUUUAAGGGAGCAGCAGGAGAAGAUGGAUGAACAAAACGAAAAAAUUGGUGCUCUUCUUAGUGAGGCAAGCAUUAUAAUUUGCUCGCCUUCUCUAAACAGAGUGAAGGAAGGAGAAGUUAGCUUCUCAGAAUCCACAGAGGCCCCUGACUGUUAUGAUAUGCUGGCUAAUACCAACAUCCAUAUCAAGCAUUUUAAGGAUCAGAUCAGUGGCUCAAGUACCAUACAGAGUCUUCCUAAUUCCUUUCAUAGCUUAAGAGCACCAGAAGUUAGCCAGACUUCCAGCCGCAUGCUAUCAAAAGGUAAAAUGCCAAUAGACCAUGAAGUCAUGGUUGGUCUUGAUGAUGAGGGAGAACAAGGAAUUGAACCACUUAUCAAGGAGUUUAAGGAUCGGCUCAGUGUCUCAAGUACUAUACAGAGUCUUCCUAAUUCCUCUCAUAGCUUAAGAGCACCAGAAGUUAGCCAGACUUCCAGCCGCAUGCUAUCAAAAGGUAAAACGCCAAUAGCUCGUGAAGUCAUGGUUGGUCUUGAUGAUGAGGCAGCAAAAGUAAUUGAACGACUUGUAUGGGGAUCAGAACAGGUGGAAAUUGUUCCCAUUGUGGGAAUGGCUGGGCUUGGUAAGACGACUUUAGCCAAAAAAGUUUACAAUAAUAGUUCAGUAACCUGUCACUUCCACAUUCGUCUUUGGUGCACUGUUUCUCAAGAAUUUAACAUGAAAAAUGUUUUACUUCAAAUUUUGUGCUCUGAUGGCAAACAUUCUAGGAAGGAUGAGCUUCAAAAUCUGGAUGAACAUGCGUUGCUUAAAAAGUUCUAUCAAAGGGUAUUGAAGAAUCGGUAUCUUGUUGUUUUUGAUGAUGUCUGGGACAUUGAGGUAUGGAAUGAGCUGAGAACUGCAUUCCCCAAUGACAAGAAUGGAAGUAGAAUCAUCUUUACGAGUCGAUUUUCUAAUGUUCAAUAUGGUGGAGAACCUCACUAUCUUCACCCACUCAGUGAGAAACAAAGUUUCGAAUUGCUGCAGAAGAAGGUGUUUGGAGAAGAUGAAGAAUGUCCUCAAGCAUUGCAUGGAUUGGGAAUGGAGAUUGCUGAAAAGUGCUGGGGAUUGCCACUUGCACUUGUUGUUGUAGCUGGAGUCCUAGCAACUAUAGAUCAUGAUAUUUUGGUUUGGAAAAAAUUUGCUGAAAGUUUAACUUCAACCAUGGUGUCUGGUACAGACCAGUGGAAGAAGUCCUUGGAGCUCAGUUAUGAGCAUCUACCAGAUCACUUGAAGGAUUGCUUGCUGUAUUUUGCUGCAUUUCGAGAAGAUGAAAAAAUUGGUGCCAAGAGUUUGAUGCGUCUAUGGAUUGCAGAAGGGUUUGUGGAAAUAAUUGAAGGAAAGAGAUCAGAGGAUACUGCAGAAGAAUAUUUGAUGGACCUAAUUGGCCGAAACCUAGUCAUGGUAGGUAAGAACAGAUCCAUUGGUGGAGUCAAAACUUGUUACAUUCACGAUUUGAUAUUUGAGUUCUGUAAGGGCGAGGCGAAAGAAAAGAAAUUUCUUCAGGUCCUGCGAGGUUAUGAUGAGCUUUCUACCUUUAAUGAGCCUCCCAACCUACCUCGGUUGUCCAUUUGCUCCAGUGGAGAAGAUUUUAGCCAGUGGAUAUCAUAA